AUGAGUCCGCCUGCGACAGAAACUGGCAGCUACUUCAACCUAGGUUCUUACCAUCGGCCCAUCUCAACAGUAUCACCCACGGCCCAGGUAUGGUUUGAUCGCGGCUUGAUCUGGACAUUUGCCUUCAACCACGAGGAGGCAGUGAACUGCUUCAAAAGGGCUGUACGAGAUGAUCCCGAGUGCGCACCCGCAUACUGGGGUUUGGCAUAUGCCAUUGGACCCAACUACAAUAAGCCCUGGGAUAGCUUUGAUGGGCGGGAUCUCCAUGCAAGCCUGAAAGAGGCACACCAGGCCGCAAAGCGUGCCCAAGAUGUACCCAUUGAUCGAGCAACGCCGGUUGAGAGGGCACUGAUCGAGGCUAUUCAGUUUCGUUAUCCGUCGCCAACAAUCAUAACAGACCAUGGACGUAAAUCGGAAGAGGAAUUAUUCGCAGCAUGGAAUACCAAAUAUGCGGAACAAAUGGGGAUUGCGUAUGGCAAAUACUCAGACGAUCUCGAUAUUGCAGCUUUAUAUGCAGACGCACUGAUGAACCUAACGCCUUGGAAGUUAUGGGAUUUGAAAAGUGGACGUCCCAGCCCGGCAUCACGCACGCUCGAAGUGAAGCAGAUCCUUGAUAGGGCUAUCGCCCAAGACGGAGGUCUACAACACCCAGGCAUCCUGCAUUUUUAUAUCCAUCUCAUGGAAAUGUCGAAAACACCAGAGAGGGCGCUGCGUGUAGCAGACCAUCUUCGUGGCCUUGUCCCCGAUGCUGGUCAUUUAAACCACAUGCCAACACACCUGGACAUACUGUGCGGUGACUAUCGGCAAGCAAUAAUGUGGAAUACGCAGGCUAUCCAUGCCGACGAAAAAUACUUCGCCAACGCUGGACCAAUUCGCUUUUACACCUUGUAUAGAGCGCAUAACUACCACUUUCGCUUGUAUGCUGCUAUGUUUGCAGGACAAUCUCGCGUGGCGCUUGAUACGGUCAAGGAAUUAGAAGACAGCAUCCCCGAGCAAUUAUUGCGAGUCCAGUCGCCGCCAAUGGCGGACUGGCUAGAGGGAUUUCUGGGCAUGCGUGUUCAUGCGUUGAUCAGGUUCGGACGCUGGGAGGACAUUCUUGCUCUGAAACUCCCAGACGAUCAAACGCUCUACUCCGUUACCACGACCAUGCUGCACUAUGCCAAGGGCGUGGCGAAUGCUGCGCUGGGACGAAUACAGACUGCGGAAAACGAACGGGAUUUGUUCAAACAUGCGCUGAAGUGCGUUCAGCCGUCACGAACCAUAUUUAAUAAUACCUGCCUUCGUAUUCUGCGAGUCGCGGAAGCGAUGCUUAACGGAGAGAUUGAGUACCGCAAAAACAACAUUGACAAAGCCUUUGUGUAUCUACGUGAGGCCAUCGAAGCAGACCAAGCACUGCCUUAUGACGAGCCGUGGGGAUGGAUGCAGCCUCCUAGACACGCAUAUGGGGCGUUGCUAGUUGAGCAAGGCCGAGUUGACGAGGCUCUCGACGUUUAUCUGACAGACCUUGGCCUCAAUGACGUUCUGCCGCGGGCAAUGCAGCAUCCAAAUAAUGUGUGGUCACUUCACGGUCUGUAUGAAUGUUUAACUGCGGUGGGAAGGCAUGACGAGGCGAAAAUGCUCAGUAAACAGCUUGAUUUGGCUGUUGCGGUUGCUGAUGUUCCCAUAAAAGCAUCCUGUUUCUGCCGACUAGGUAUACAGCCUACCCAGUGA